GAAGAUUGUUAGAAGGAAAUGGGUAACCAUAGAACGUUCUUCCAGAUAUGGCAGUAGAGUCAUAAUGUCAAUAAUCACAGAAGAGGAGAGUGUGGACAACGGGUUCUUGAAGGCCCCACAAAAGGCGAAGGCAAAGGCAAAGGCAACGGCAGCAGCAGGUGUAAGUAUCUCAUCCAUAGAAACAAAACCAGUGGUAGUGGUUUUGAGUUGAGUCUUUCUUAACCUUGCUUCCGUUUCAUUCCGUUCCAUGGCCAUGGCCUCUCCUUCUAUUCCCAAUUCUCUCUUCUUGAACAGAACCUUCCACUCGCCUGCUCGCACAUUCCGUACAUGGCCGGUCUACGCAUCCCAACCUCCCAACAACCGCCAAAGGCCUCCACCGGGCGUCGACACAAGAAUUCAUUGGCAAAAUGAUGAAGAAGGUUGGAUUGGAGGCCCUAGGCCUUCCCAAUCCCGGCGAGACCAGAAGGAGCAGAAUAAUAAUAAUAAUAAUAACGCGUUGGGUCCAAGUUUGGCCGAUUUGCUCAAUAACUCAUCCGACUCUCACUACCAGUUCUUAGGAGUCGGUGCUGAGGCUGACCUAGAAGAGAUAAAAAGUGCGUAUCGGAGAUUGUCAAAGGAAUAUCAUCCCGACACCACCUCUCUCCCUCUAAAAGCUGCGUCCGACAAAUUUAUGAAAUUAAAACAAGUGUACGAGGUCCUCAGCAACGAAGAAAGCCGCAAGUUCUACGACUGGACGCUUGCUCAAGAAGAGGCAAGCCGCCAAGCUGAUAAGCUGAGGAUCAAGUUGGAAGAUCCUUACGAGCAGGAGCUGCAAAGCUGGAAAUCCACUCCAGAUAUGGUCGAUCGCCUUGCUGGAAGGAACAUGGACUUGAGUGAUCAGGCCACCACAGCUCUUACCUUGGAUAUCCUUAUCAUUCUCUUUGCUAUAGGCUGCAUUGUGUAUGUCCUCCUCUUUAAGGAACCAUAUUAUUGAUUAGAUACAAACUACCAUACAAGUACAACACACUUUCAAUCGAGUGGUACUUUUCUUUCAAAAUCAAAUUGAAUAUCGAGUGGUACUUUUCUUUCCAGCGA